UCUGAUGGAAAGUAACUGAUAACAGAUACUUCAUGAUGUCAGGAACACAUUUGUUGCGUCGUGUACUGACGAGAUCUUAUCAAGCCCAGCGGUUUGUGCAGUCCAGUUCUCUUCAUACAACUGCAGUAGGAUGCAGCAUCUCAAGAAAAUCAUAUAAACAGGGAAAGCCUUUGAAAUCCAGGAAUGUGUCUUGGUCAGCAGCCAGUUUCCAAGGCAGUGUUACAGUCAAUAAUGUCAAACGCCGUACAGACAAAGUUAAGAAAGCAUCGCUUGUCAUUUUUGACAAAGAUGGCACUCUAAUAUGUUUUCACUCAAUGUGGACACCUUGGGCAAAAAAAUUAGUCACAAGUAUUGAAGAAGCGACUGGUCGUAAAGGGAUCCAGGACAAGAUUUAUGAUGUCCUUGGUUUUUGCACCAAGAAACAAAGGGUGAUGCCAGGACUUCUGGCAGAAGCCACAUCUGGCGAGAUCAAGGAUGAAAUGACAAAGAUGUUGGUUGGAGAGGGAAUGGAAGAAUCACAAGUACGAGAAAUUCUAGACUCGGUGUGGUCCGAGGGCAAUGUCACAAACCCAGAGGAAAUGAAAAAGCUUGGAGAUCUAGAGACUCUCUUCAAAAUCCUACAGAAAAACAAAGUCAAAAUAGCUCUCAUUACAUCUGACAACCGCAAAGGUACAGAUGCCUUGCUACAGGAACUAGGCUUAACAAAGUACUUUGAGCAUGUCAUUUGUGGAGAUGAUCCCGAUACGGAACCAAAACCUGCUCCGUACAAUGCAUUGAAGAUCUGCGAGAAACUGGGAAUUGAUCCAUCUGAUGCAGUAAUGGUGGGAGAUACUAAAACAGACAUGCUUCUAGGAAAGUCAGCAAAGCUGGGGUGGAGUGUGGGAGUCCUAAGUGGGGUGGGGCAGACAGGAGAUUUGCUGCCUCAUGCUGACCAUGUAGUCAAUGACAUUGAGGAUAUUUUACCCCUGAUUUUACCUUCAGAGGACCUGAAGAGUUGCUACGCCUAUUCACAAUAUGAGAGGUUUUUGGUGGAACCCACUGAGCAGGAUACCCCUAUACCCAACACAAAGAAAGCCCCAGCAGACUUGGUGAUAUUUGAUUUUCAUGGAACUCUCAUCUGUAUACAUAGGAAAUAUCCCAAAUUUGUGGAAUUUUUGUGUUCUAGAUUGAAGCAAAUGACUGGAUUGGACAUGUCAGAAAAAGUCAGUAGGUUACUUGGAUUAAAUAAAGAGGCUACUCGAGUGAUGCAUGGGGUCCUAUCAGAGGGCACUCCAUCAGAGGUCAGAGGGGCCCUGGUAGAGGCUCUGAGGAGGGAGGGGAUAUUCUACCAGGAAGCCAUCAUGAUUGUCAACCAGAUAUGGAGAGAAGCAGAUGUCAUUCUGAAAGCUGAACCAUCACCACUGUGUUCCAAUAUUGAGGGAUUGUUCCGAGAACUGAGGCAAAAUGGAAUGAAAAUUGCCAUUAAUACUGGUGAACCAAGAGAAUUUGUGAUUUCAGACUUGAUGAACUUGGGUUUAACUAAAUAUGUGGAUAUGCUAAUAUGUGGGGAUGAUCCAAUUUCUCAGCCUCGUCCCUCAGGACAUAACACUUUGUUGAUUUGUGAUGAACUACAUGUUAGUCCAUCUAAAACUAUUGUAGUGGGAGAUUCUGUUGGAGAUCUACAGAUGGGACAAUCUGCUUUUGUCAAGCAGAAAAUCGGAGUUUUAUCAGGCGUGGGUUCAGAGGAACAGUUGAAGCUGUAUGCAGACAGUAUCAUUCCUAGCAUAGAAGGGAUUUCUGAUAUUAUUCUUCAAAAUGAAAAUUAUACUGAAAACACAAAACAGCAAGCUCAGAGAGCAGGUAGGAAAUUAUUUGCUUCAAGCUUUCCAUCAUCAUCAUCGAGAGCUUCUCAUUUACAUCAGCCUCGUAGAUAUUUUAGCACAUCUAGUCAGCGAAUGGAUCAUAUAUCCUCUAAGGAGAACAAAUAUGACUACAUUAUUGUUGGGGCUGGCUCUGCUGGGUGCACUUUAGCAAAUCGCUUGACUGCUGACCGAGCUAAAAGUGUCCUCCUUCUGGAGGCAGGACCUCGUGACCUGUGGGCUUGGGAUUCCUGGAAGAUUUACAUGCCUGCUGCUUUAAUGUAUAAUUUAUGUGAUGACAAGUACAACUGGUAUUACCAUACCGAGCCAGAAAAAGGCAUGAACAACCGUGUCAUGUAUUGGCCCAGAGGGCGAGUCUGGGGAGGCUCCUCAGCCCUCAAUGCAAUGGUCUACAUCCGAGGUCAUGCUCUGGACUAUGAUAGGUGGGAGAAAGAAGGAGCAAAGGGCUGGUCCUAUGCUGACUGCCUACCAUACUUCCGUAAAUCUCAGUGCCAUGAAUUAGGAGCAAAUGAUUAUAGAGGGGGUGAUGGUCCACUCCAGGUAUCCCGAGGAAAGACGAACAACCCUCUCUUCAAUGCUUUUAUAGAAGCUGGAAUUCAAGCAGGGUACCCAUACACAGAUGAUAUGAAUGGCUUCCAACAAGAGGGAUUUGGAUGGAUGGACAUGACAAUUGGUAAAGGCAAGAGAUGCAGUUCUGCUGCAGCAUAUCUACAUCCUAUUUUAAAAGAAAGAGCCAACCUGACUACACUGAACAGUGCUCUUUCAAGACGCAUCAUAUUUAAUGGCAAGCGGGCAGUAGGAAUAGAAUAUGAAAGGCAUUCUGAUAUCCAGACAGUCUAUGGAGAAGAAAUCAUACUCAGUGGUGGGGCAAUCAAUUCUCCUCAGCUACUAAUGCUGUCUGGAAUUGGAAAUGCAGAUGAUCUACGAAAAUUGGAUAUUCCAGUUGUUCAGCAUCUACCAGGGGUUGGUGAAAACCUCCAGGAUCAUCUGGAAGUCUAUGUUCAACAAGAGUGUAAAAAGCCUAUCACACUUUACAAGGCCCAAUGGAAGUUUCCUCAUGUGAUGAUUAAGAUUGGUCUUGAAUGGUUUCUCAGGCAGACAGGGGAUGGAGCAACAGCUCAUCUGGAAGCUGGAGGAUUUAUCCGGAGUGAGCCAGGAGUCGAACAUCCCAACAUUCAGUACCAUUUCCUUCCCUCUACCGUCAAUGACCAUGGAAGGAAACCAGGAGAUAGACAUGCUUACCAAGCUCAUGUAGGACCAAUGCGCCCAACGAGUAGAGGAUACCUUAAGUUGAAAUCUGCUGAUCCCAAAGAGCAUCCCCGUUUGGUUGCAAAUUACCUUACAACAGAGUUGGAUAUACGGGAAAUGAGAGACAGCAUAAAGCUAACAAGAGAGAUCUUCCAACAGAAGGCGUUUGAUUCCUUCAGAGGUCCAGAAUUAGCUCCAGGGGACAGUGUCCAGACUGACAAACAGAUUGAUGAAUAUAAUCGAAAUAUGGCAGACAGUGCCUAUCAUCCUUCAUGUACAUGUAAGAUGGGAUCAGAGACGGAUCCCAUGGCUGUCGUAGAUCCCAGUACACGAGUGUAUGGUGUAGAGGGAUUGAGGGUUGUUGAUGCCUCCAUAAUGCCUAGUGUUGUUAGUGGCAACUUAAAUGGACCUACAAUUAUGAUUGCUGAAAAAGCAGCGGAUAUCAUCAUUGGAAAUCCACCUCUACCUCGCUCAAAGGCCCCUGUGUAUAAACCCGUAACCCUCAAAACUCAACGUUGAAAGUCUUUCUGAAAAAAAAAUUGUGCCUGUGAGCAUUGUAUUCUAAAUUGGUGCAGAACUGAUCCUUAAGAGUGUUGUUAUUUAUUUCUCACUUUGCUGUUAGGGUAACCAAAAAAGGUGCAUUGAUUUAUGUGGAUGUCACCCUAAAUCCUAUAUUUGUACAGUUGUCUUUCAUAUUUCAUCUGAACUUUAGACUCAUUAGAUUUUUUGCACAAUUGCUGUAAAAUUCACAUCUGGUUUUUUUUUUCAGACACUUGAUCAAGAAUCUGGUGUCUGCACUUCAUGGUUAGAGAAAAGCCUGUGUGUACAUUUAUGGUUACUUACUCCCUUCUACUACUGAAGUUACUAUUGGUGAACAACAAUACAUGUCAGCGCCUCAGCUGUAUUCACUUACAGACUGUGCACUUUUUACAGCCUUGCAUAUCUUACAAAGUUAAUUGAUUUAUAUUAAA